AUGACGCCAAGCAAUUCGUCAAACACAGACUUCCUACCACCGCCCCUGAUCCUUACCACGCCCCCAAACCCUCCUACAAAAACCCCUGAACCCGCUACCACAAACCCGAACUCCGCCUACCAACCCCCUAACCCCGCCUACCACGGCGCCCCCGAACCCCGCAUACCACAGCCCCGAACCCGCCUACCACCAGCCCCCGAAACCCGCCUACCACGCCCCCAACCCGCCACCACGCCCCGAAACAAAAAAAAAAAAACCCGCCUACCACACCCCCGAACCCGCCCUACCACGCCUUAUCCCGCCUACCACGCCCCGAACCCGCCCUACCACGCCCCUGAGCCCGCCUACCACGCCCCUGAGCCCGCCUACCACACCCCCGAACCCGCCUACCACGCCCCUGAGCCCGCCUACAACGCCCCCAAACACGAGCCCGAAUACGCUGACGUGAUACAACUACAACUACGGCUUCGCCGACGUUACUCCGGCUCAAACUUCGCCGCCUCCGGAGUCCCCGCGAAGGCUACAACACCCGAGGGCAACCUAACCCGUCGACCUUUCCUCGACGGCAGCAAGCAGAAUCGUCAACUACUGUCGUCGUCCUCGCUGCGUGGUGUCCGUCGCCUGUGCGACAGGCCCCACGUAGUCCACGCCCCUCAUCCCCCCGUGUACGCCUCUAAGCCUUAUUACCACGCCCCUGCUCCUUACCACGCCCCUGAACCAGCCUACCACGUCCCCGAACCCGCCUACCACGCCCCCGAACCCGACUACCACGCCCCCAAACACUACGAGCCCGAAUACGCUGACGUAACUCCAAAGUACAACUACAACUAUGGUGUCGCCGACGGCUACUCCGGCGCCAACUUCGCCGCCUCGGAGUCCCGCGACGGAUACAACACCGAGGCAGUACGACCGUGCGACCUCAGCCCGACUGCCGGCAAGCAGAUUCGUCAACUACGUGGACAACGGCGACGGUUAUGUAGCUCAGGUCACCUACGAGGGCGAGGCUCAGUAUCCCGAGUACAAGCCCACCUACAAGCCCGCUUCCCCUACCCCAGCGUAUGCUUAAGUCGUCGUCCUCGCCUGCGUGGUUGUCGUCGCUCUGUGCGACAGGCCCCAGUCCACGCCCCUCAUCCUCUCGUCUACGCCUCUAAAUCUUCAUACCACGCCCCUGCUCCUUACCACGCCCCUGAACCCGCCUACCACGCGCCCGAACCCGCCUACCACGCCCCCAAACCCGCCUACCAGCCCCCGAAACCAGCCUACCACGCCCCCGACCCGCCUACCACGCCCGACCCCGCCUACCACACCCCCGAACCCGCCUACCACGCCCCUGGUAGCCCGCCUACAACGCCCGCCAAACACUACGAGCCCGAUACGCUGACGCUGGAGUGCCUCCCACGUACAACUAACAACUCUUUGUCGCCGACACCUACUCCGGCGCCAACGUCGCCGCCCCUCCGGAGUCCCGCGACGGCUACAACACCGAGGGCAACCUACACCGUCGACCUCCCCGACGCCGCCAAGCAGAUCGUCAACUACGUGGACAACGGCGAACGGUUUAUGUCAGCUCAGUCACCUACGAGGGCGAGGCUCAUAUCCCGAGUACAUAGCCCACCUACAAGCCUGCUUCCUACCCCAUCAUUGCCUUAG